AUGCAGGUGCUGGGCAUCCAGUUGUUUCGGAAAGUGCGUUGGCACGUUGCGGACAACGACGCCAAGGAUUACGCCAGCAAGGGCGUGGAGGUGAGUCAGAUCCUUGAAUGCGGACCAGUUCACAAUGCGCAGAACGCCGCACUCCGCCUCGCCUGCAGGACGGGAAGACCGGUAAUCGUCAUUCCAGACGACGUUUCCGGCUUCUCGAUCUGUGACGGCUCCCUCGACUGGGAAGGCGGUCAUGGUCGGCCACUUCUGCCGGACAAGUUUGCCAAGGUCCUGCUCAAGGCUUUGUUGGAGACCGGAUGCUGCUUCGGGGGGCCUUAUGUCUGCCCGAAUGCAGUCUUCCGGUAUCAAAUGCCGUUCAUGUCCUUCACCAACUUUGUUGCGGGCGAUGUCUGGAUGGUUCUCCCAUCCACUUUGCCGGACAGCGUGCAUUUUCGCAGCGAAGCUUGUCCCAAACAGGACUACGACUUCUGCGCGCAACUCUUGCGAGGUGGCAUGCCUGUGUUGCGGCUGAAUAGGCUUGGUGCGACUUGCGGCCACAAGCAAAAAGGCGGGGCUGGCAAAGGCGAAAAGCGCUGGAAGCAGGACGUCAGCGCCGCAAAAUGGCUUAUCAAGACUUGGCCGGGCAGCUUCCAGCACAAGAAGAAUCCGCAGGCAGUGCUGGGUGGUGCGGGAAAAGUGAUCGACGCAGAGAUAUUAUUCACCGGUGGCCAAUCGCUCAUAGAAGCCGCCGAUGCGCGCCUGAUGGGCGAAGAUGGGACCCUGCGCAAUCUAAUCGAUCUGAUGGCGUCCACGAAGGUCAGCAAAGAGCAAUCCCUUGAGAUCCAGGGCCGUGGAAGGAAGAAGGCAGAGAAGAACAAGGACUUUUCGCGGGCCUGUGGUGGGAAUCUAGAAAUCGCAUCAGAAACGCUAUUGAAGCAGCUUCGCGGGCAUUUGCACAAGUUCGCGCAAGGCUGA